AUGUCUGAAGAGCUCGCUACACUCUUCUCCAAGAUUGGGCUCAAUGAAACCAAAACUCAGGAAAUUUUGAAAAACAAGAAGGUUUCCAAAUCGUUUGCUGAAAUCAUUGAAGAGGGCAAACUUUCCGAUAUCGUUGAUGAUAAAAAAAUAGCAUUGCUCCAUUCUUUGGCUACCGAGUCUAAGGGUGCUGAGAUACCUCACAGAGAACUCGUCACCAAGGCAAUCGUAGAUGGCCGCUUGAAGACCAAUUUGCAAGUCCUGGAAGCAUUUAAGUAUGUGAAGGCAAACCCUGAGACUGCUAACAAUGCCGACUUGGAAUCAAACUCUGGUGUUGGUGUGGAGUUAAGUGAGGGUCAAGUCAAAAAUGAAAUCGUGAAUUACAUUCAAUCCAACAAGGAGGAUAUUGAAACUAAAAGGUACUCGUGCGUUCCAGCGAUUUUGGGUCAAGUAAAGAAGAUUCCAGAAUUAAAAUGGGCUGCUCCAAACUUAUUCAAGCCAAUUAUUGACGAAGAGAUCUUGAAAUUGUUAGGGCCCAAGGAUGAAAGAGACACAGUGAAAAAGGAAAAGAAGAAACCUGCCAAGAAAGAGGCCAAGGCAUCAGAAACAAAGAAAGAAGAAACUUCAGCCUCAGGUGAAAGAUCGAUGUUUUCCGAAGGUUUCCUUGGUGAUUUACACAAGCCUGGCCAAAAUCCUCAAAUGUACCCUGAAUUGAUGAAGGAACACUUGAAGGCUACUGGAGGGAAAGUUUUCACAAGGUUCCCACCUGAGCCUAAUGGAUACUUGCAUAUUGGACACUCCAAAGCCAUUAUGGUUAACUUUGGGUACGCCAAGUUCCAUGAUGGGGUUUGUUACUUAAGAUUUGACGAUACCAACCCUGAAGCUGAAGAAGAAAGAUACUUCACUUCUAUUUUAGAUAUGGUUGACUGGCUAGGAUUUGAGCCUUGGAAAGUCACUUACUCUUCAGACUAUUUCGAUGAAUUGUAUGCAUUGGCUGAAAGAUUGAUUGAAAAUGAUAGAGGUUACGUUUGUCAUUGUACCCCUGAACAGGUCAAGUUGCAAAGAGGUCAAAAGCCAGACGGUACCUUAGGGGGUGAAAGAUUUGCAUGUGAGCAUAGAUCCAAGUCAAAGGAACAAAACUUAGAAGAAUUUAGAAAGAUGAGAAACGGAUUCUACAAGCCAGGUGAAGCCACAUUGAGAAUGAAACAAGAUUUGGAGUCCGACUCUCCGCAAAUGUGGGAUUUGGUUGCCUACAGAGUGCUUAACGCCCCACAUCAUAGAACUGGUGACAAAUGGAAAAUAUACCCAACGUAUGAUUUCACUCAUUGUCUUGUGGAUUCCUUCGAAAACAUUAGUCAUUCCCUCUGUACAACUGAAUUCAUUUUGUCAAGAGAAUCUUAUGAAUGGCUUUGUGAUGUGUUGAAGGUCUAUAGACCAGCUCAAAGAGAAUAUGGAAGAUUAAACAUUACUGGUACUAUUCUUUCUAAGAGAAAGAUUGCCAAGUUGGUCAACGAAGGUAUCGUUAGAGGUUGGGAUGACCCAAGAUUGUACACUUUGGAAGCAAUUAGACGUAGAGGUGUACCACCAGGAGCCAUUUUAUCUUUCAUUAACACUUUGGGUGUAACUACCAACACUACAAACAUUCAAGAAGUUAGAUUUGAAAGUGCUGUUAGAUCAUAUUUGGAUCAAACCACCCCAAGAUUAAUGAUGAUCUUAGAUCCUGUCAAGGUUGUGAUAGAAAACUUGGAAGACAGCUUUUCUGAAGAUGUUGAGAUUCCCUACAAGCCAGGUGCCAAUUCAGAUCCUAAAUUUGGUGGUAACAGAACAUUGAAAUUCACCAACACAAUUUAUAUUGAUAGAUCAGAUUUUAGAGACGAUUCCACUCCUCUGAAGGAUUAUUUCAGAUUAACACCUAACCAACCAGUUGGUUUGAUGAAGGUUCCUUUUAAUAUUGCUGUGAAGUCUGUGGAAAAGGAUUCUGAAGGUAACGUAUUGUGCAUACAUGCAACUUACUUAAACAAGGAAGGUGAGCACAAGAAACCUAAGACUUUCAUCCAGUGGUUACCAUCUGGAGAGGGAUCUAUCAAAAUUGAUGAAAUCAGAGUUCAAAACAGAUUAUUCAACUCUGAAAAUCCUUCUGCACAUCCUGAUGGAUUCCUUUCUGACAUUAACCCAAACAGCGAGGAGAUUUAUACUAAUGCCAUUAUCGAGUCCUCAUUCUUGGAUGUGAAGAAGAGAUCCCCAUUAAACGUUAAGAUUGCAGACUCUGAGUUCAAUAUUGAAGAAAAGAGUGGAAGGCCAGAAACUGUUAGAUUCCAAGCUUUAAGAGUGGGUUACUUCUGUAUGGAUAAGGACUCUACCGAUAAUAAGUUGAUCUUCAAUAGAAUUGUGACGUUGAAAGAAGAUUCCGGUAAGAAUUGA